UUCGAGCGCGUCAGUAUGAUGGUGAUCCUGUUGAACUGCAUGACCCUGGGAAUGUACCAGCCCUGCCAGAACAUCGACUGUUCCUCAGACCGAUGCCAGAUACUACAGGCCUUCGACGCCUUCAUCUACAUCUUCUUCGCUCUGGAGAUGGUGGUGAAGAUGGUGGCCCUGGGGAUCUUCGGCCGGCGCUGUUACCUCGGGGACACGUGGAAUCGGCUGGACUUCUUCAUCGUCAUGGCAGGGAUGGUUGAAUACUCGCUGGACCUGCAGAACAUGAACUUCACAGCCAUCAGAACCGUCCGAGUGCUGCGACCUCUCAAAGCAAUUAACAGGGUGCCCAGCAUGCGUAUCCUGGUCAACCUGCUGCUGGACACCCUCCCCAUGCUGGGUAACGUCCUCCUCCUCUGCUUCUUCGUCUUCUUCAUCUUCGGCAUCAUCGGGGUACAGCUGUGGGCGGGACUUCUGAGGAACCGCUGCUACCCAGAGGAGAACUUCACCCUGUGAGUCCCCGCCCCUUUCUCUCUGUCCCCUUACUACAUGGCUGAUGAGGAUGAUGAGCGGCCCUUCAUCUGCUCGUUGCCGGUGGACAACGGCAUCAUGGCGUGCUCCGACGUCCCCGCUCGCCGCGAAGGAGGCAGGGCGUGCUGCCUGGACAAAGACGACGCCCUUUACCGCCAGUCCCUGGGCUUGAGCCCCGAACCCCUGGCCAACGGCAGCGUCAGCGUGGCGGGGCUGUGCGUCAACUGGAACCAGUACUACACCAGGUGCCACACGGGCUACACCAACCCCCACAAAGGAGCCAUCAACUUUGACAACAUCGCAUAUGCUUGGAUUGUGAUCUUUCAGGUGAUCACCCUGGAGGGCUGGGUGGAAAUCAUGUAUUAUGUGAUGGACGCUCACUCCUUCUACAACUUCAUCUACUUCAUCCUGCUAAUCAUUGUCGGUUCUUUCUUCAUGAUCAACUUGUGCCUGGUGGUCAUCGCCACCCAGUUCUCAGAGACGAAGCAGAGGGAACACCAGCUGAUGCAGGAGCAGCGAGCGCGCUGUUCGUCCUCGUCCACUCUGGCCAGCGAGCCCGGGGACUGCUACGAGGAGCUCUUCCAGCUCGUCUGCCACAUCAUCCGCAAGGCCAAGAGGCAGACGGUCACCUUCUUCAACACUCUGCGGGGGAAACCUCGUGGAUUUCGGGGCGUGGGAAGAGGCAGAGUAGCAGAAGGAAGGGAGAGGAAAGCCAACGGAAGGGGGGGGCAAGAGAGGAGAGCUAAUGUGAGACACGGCGUACCCUGCCGUCACCAUAAUAAACCAGACUCCGCCUCGUCUGCUGAACCCACGGCCCUCACCUCCACCUCUGCCACCGACGGAUGCCCUCAGUGCGCCAAAGCUCUGUCCAUCACAGACGGCGCGGGCCCAGUUCGCAGCGCAGCCGGCGGGGAGUCGGACGAAGGCUCCGUGGAGGAAGUAGACAGGGAGGGGGCGGCGUCAGGUGGUAAAAAGAAGGGCAAGAAAGGCCAGAGUGGAGCAAGGACCCAAGGAGGCUGUAGUCCGAAACAGCGAUGCAAGGAGGUGUGGUACGAGAUCAGGAUGAAGCUGUGGGCCAUCGUAGAGAGCAAGUACUUCAACCGAGGCAUCAUGAUCGCCAUCCUGAUCAACACCAUCAGCAUGGGGAUCGAGCACCACGAGCAGCCAGAGGAGCUCACGAAUGUUCUGGAGAUCUGUAAUAUCGUCUUCACCAGCAUGUUCUCUUUGGAGAUGAUCCUUAAACUCACCGCAUUCGGUUCCUUCAAUUACCUGAGAAACCCUUACAACGUCUUUGACGGAAUCAUCGUCAUCAUAAGUGUUUGUGAGAUCAUCGGCCAGUCGGAUGGAGGUCUGUCUGUGCUGAGGACCUUCAGGCUGCUCAGGGUCCUGAAGCUGGUCCGGUUCAUGCCGGCCUUGAGGAGACAGCUGGUGGUCCUCAUGAAGACCAUGGACAAUGUGGCGACCUUCUGCAUGCUGCUCAUGCUCUUCAUCUUUAUCUUCAGUAUCCUGGGAAUGCAUAUCUUUGGAUGUAAGUUCAGUCUGAAGACGGAAACUGGAGAUACCGUACCAGACCGGAAGAACUUUGAUUCUCUGCUCUGGGCCAUCGUCACUGUUUUUCAGAUUCUCACUCAGGAAGACUGGAACGUGGUUUUGUACAACGGCAUGGCGGCCACGUCUCCUCUGGCUGCGCUUUACUUCGUGGCCCUCAUGACCUUUGGCAAUUACGUCCUGUUUAACCUCCUGGUGGCUAUCCUGGUGGAGGGUUUUCAGGCCGAGGGUGAUGCCAAUCGUUCGUAUUCGGAUGAAGACCGCUCUUCUUCCAACUUUGAUGAGAGCGAGAAGCACGACUCCAUUAAGUCUGACCCCAGAAUCUGCACGUUGACCCCCAACGGUCACCUGGAGCUGGGGGCUCUACCGGGGACCAGAGGAUCCUACUCCUCAGACCGGAGGAGCUUCACGUUCGAGUCCAGAAAAAGCAGCGUGAUGAGUCUGGGGAAGAGCAGCCUGGAGAGACGCUCCUUCUCACUGCGCCACGGCCGCAGUUCCAACUACCACAACUGGGGGCGCCCAUUCAACCCACACUCUGCAUGGAGCCGCAGGUCUAGUUCAAACAGUCUGGGCCGGAGGACCUAUGGCUUUGGGGGGGCUCCUCUGGUGGGGGGCAGCCUCCGUGUCCACAGCACCCGCUCCCCCAACGCCUACACCUACACCCCCGAGCAGGAGUCGCUCCUCUCCCACCCUUUACAUUCCCAUCAUCCUGUACCGCCGCACCACCCGCCCCCCCCCGCCGUGCUGUUGUCCAGACACUACGGCGGACGGAGGGACCGCCGCGCCCUGUCCCUGGAGCUGCCGGUGCUGCUUCGGGCCGGCGGACAGCCUCCAGAUCCGCCCCCGGUCCACCCAGAGCCCGGCAGGAGGAGCGGCUCCGGGAUGGGGGGCUCAGUCGUCGGAGGGUCCGGGACCGGUAGCGGAUUCGGGGCGGACCACCGGGAUUGUAACGGGAAGGCGCCGGGUCCCCACACGCGUCUGAUGACUGAGGUUUACCCAAAAGUCGAUGCACGAAAGGACAGAGCAGAUCUAGACGAAGAAACAGAGUAUACUUUGUGUUUCCGGAUCCAGAAAAUGAUGGAGGUGUACAAGCCCAACUGGUGUGAGACCAGAGAGCAGUGGUCUGUCUACCUGUUCUCCCCCCAAAACAAGUUCCGCCUCCUCUGCCAGUCCAUCAUUGCACACAAGCUCUUUGACUACGUGGUCCUGGCCUUCAUCUUUCUCAACUGCAUCACGGUGGCUCUGGAGAGGCCCAGGAUUCUGCAAGGCAGUCUGGAAAGGCUGUUUCUUACUAUUUCCAACUACAUCUUUACUGCCAUCUUUGUUGCAGAGAUGACCGUCAAGGUGGUGUCCAUGGGUCUGUACCUGGGGGAGAAGGCCUACCUGAAGAGCAGCUGGAACAUUUUAGAUGGUUUCCUGGUCUUCGUAUCUCUGAUUGACAUUGUGGUUUCCAUGGCGGGCGGGGCUAAGAUCCUGGGGGUGCUCCGGGUCCUCAGGCUGCUCAGGACGCUCCGCCCCCUCAGGGUGAUCAGCCGGGCUCCGGGUCUGAAGUUGGUAGUUGAAACCCUCAUCACAUCCCUGAAGCCCAUCGGCAACAUCGUCCUCAUCUGCUGCGCCUUCUUCAUUAUCUUUGGCAUUCUAGGGGUUCAGCUCUUCAAAGGCAAGUUCUACUACUGUGUGGGUUUUGACGUGAAGAACAUCACAAACAAAUCCGACUGCCUGGCUGCCAACUACCGAUGGGUACACCACAAGUACAACUUUGACAACCUUGGACAGGCUCUGAUGUCCUUGUUCGUGCUGGCGUCUAAAGACGGUUGGGUCAACAUCAUGUACCAUGGACUGGACGCUGUAGGAAUUGACCAGCAGCCGAUCACCAACAACAACCCCUGGAUGCUCCUGUACUUCAUCUCCUUCCUCCUGAUCGUCAGCUUCUUCGUCCUCAACAUGUUCGUGGGGGUGGUGGUGGAAAACUUCCACAAGUGUCGGCAGCACCAGGAGGUGGAGGAGGCCCGACGCCGCGAGGAGAAACGCCAGCGCCGCAUGGAAAAGAAGAGAAGGAAAGCCCAGAAGAUGCCGUAUUACGCCUCCUACGGUCAAGCCCGGCUCACCAUCCACACCCUGUGCACCAGCCACUACCUGGACCUGGUCAUUACCUUCAUCAUCUGCAUUAACGUCAUCACCAUGUCUCUGGAGCACUACAGCCAGCCACAGUCUUUAGAGACUGCGCUGAAGUACUGCAACUACUUCUUCACCUCCACCUUUGUCAUCGAGGCGUCGCUGAAGCUCGUGGCCUUUGGAUUUCGACGCUUCUUUAAAGACAGGUGGAAUCAGUUGGACCUGGCCAUUGUGCUGCUGUCAGUGAUGGGAAUCACCCUGGAGGAGAUUGAAAUCAAUGCCUCCCUUCCCAUCAACCCCACUAUCAUCAGGAUCAUGAGAGUGCUCAGGAUCGCACGAGUGUUGAAGUUGUUGAAAAUGGCAACUGGGAUGAGAGCUCUGUUGGAUACAGUGGUCCAGGCUCUACCUCAGGUGGGAAACCUGGGUCUGCUCUUCAUGUUGCUGUUCUUCAUCUACGCUGCUUUAGGAGUGGAACUGUUUGGAGAGCUGGUCUGUAACGCUGACUACCCCUGCGAAGGCAUGAGCCGCCACGCCACCUUCGAAAACUUCGGGAUGGCCUUCCUCACCCUGUUUCAGGUCUCAACUGGGGACAACUGGAACGGCAUCAUGAAGGACACUCUAAGGGAGUGCCCCCCAGGUCGACCAGGCUCCGACUACGGCUGCCACGCUGGACUACAGUUCAUCUCCCCCAUGUACUUCGUGUCCUUCGUGCUGACGGCUCAGUUCGUUCUGAUAAACGUGGUGGUGGCCGUGCUCAUGAAGCACCUGGACGACUCCAACAAGGAGGCGCAGGAGGACGCCGAGAUGGACGCUGAGAUCGAGCUGGAGCUGGCCCAGGGAGGCCUCUGCUGCAUGAUGGGAGGCAUCGGCGCCAUCGCCGGGGCCACGGCCGGCGCCGCGAGCGGGGCCGGUGUGGGCGGAGGAGCUGCCGGCGUGAUUACAGUGGGCGCCGUGGGGGGUCCGAGCGGAGGGGUGAUGGCGCCGCUGCGAGACGGGGGAGGCGGCGGUGCAGCUCAUGAAGGACAUACACACCGUCGAUGCCGACUCUACUCUCCUGCUCAGGAAAGCCAGUGGCUGGACAGUGUGUCUCUGCUCAUUAAGGAUUCACUGGAAGGAGACAUGAUUGACAACCUGUCCGGCUCAGUUUUCCACCAUUACUGCUCUGCUCCUGUCUGCAAGGACUGUAAGGGCCACCCCCAAGAGAUCCGCCUGGCGGAGGUGGAGCAGGCUUCGCUGAUGUCGGAGCAGCUGUCAGACAAGUCCUCGUCACCGGCGCUGCCUGACGACCUCAGCCUGGAUGAGAACAGCAGCUACCAGCUGUUGGACCGGGACAGCCGGAGGGACAGCAGUGACUCCCACAGUCUGCAGGAGCUGCCCACCCGGGGGGGCUACAGAGGGCUGCACCCCUCCACCUCAGGGAGUGAGGAGGGAGUCCAGGAGCUGUUGGAGGUGGGCAUCCAUCCUCAUUUGAGUCCUCCAUCACUGGAGCAGCAAAGCCCGGCCCGUUGCACAGACGGUGAUGGAGGCAGUUGUAGCGGCGGUGGAGGCCGCUCUUCACCCGUUUUCCAUCUACCUGCAGACUUCUUCCACCCCGCCUCUGCCGCUCAUCCAGGCGGUCCUGGGAACGGCGUCAGCCCUGGAGACCGAGGCCCGUCCAGACUGGCCUCCCCGGCCUCCUGGGCCUCCCUGCGCUCCCCCGGGGCCAACAGCCGGACCCUCAGCUCUCAGGUACCACCACCACCACCACCACCACUCUUUUGUCCUUCUUCUAACCCAUCAUGUUCGUCCCCUGUCCCGCCCACCCCCCCCCCCCCGCCGCCGUGCAGGCACCCGUCCCGCAGCGUACUCGUCCCUGGCCACAAGGAAGUUCAGAGGGCAGCCUGCAGACCACGCUGGAGGAGGGGCUCAGCUUUAGCGUCUCUCCGCCUCACCAUCCUCCCCGCGCCCCUCCUCUGCCCCCUCCCGAGCCACCCGCAGGGACCGCCCACGGAAGCGGAGCGGCGCCACCCGUUAUUGAAAAGACGUAGCACCGCGCUUACCCUCCACGCCACCAGGGGGCACCAGAGGAGUCAGAGCAGCUGCGGAGGCGGCAGCACCAGCCCCGGGUGCCCCGGCAGGACUCCAUGGACCCGUCGGACGAGGACGUGGGCGUGGGGGCGGGCGGGGGAGGGCUGCCGGCAGAGCUUCAACAGCGAACACUUGUCGGACACUCUGAACAGCCUAUCGCUGACGUCGCUGCUGUCCCCGGGCUCUCUGGCUCCCCCGCUGGUGAAGAAGUGCAACAGCACGGGCUCCUUGGACCAAACCAACAUGUCCGCCAGGGGGAAGGACGGACGCCAGUUCUGCAGCAUAGACGCUCAGGGUUUCCUGUCCGGCCCCUGGACGGAGGGACGGGUGGCGGACGAGGACGAGGACCGAGUGAAAAGCGGCGGCCGUCCCACAGACACAAGCUCCAGGAAAAACAGAUGA